CUCAACGAAAGAAUAAUUAAAAUCAGAAGCAAAAUGUCUUAUUAUCAAAGUGGUCUACUAUUUUUAUUGUUAACUUUAUCAAAUUUCGAAAUUGUUCAUAAUGAAGAUAAUUUAUGGUGUUAUGAAUGUAACACAAAUUUGAAGAAAGAAAGAACACAAGAAUGCAAUGAUCCUUAUGCAGGACGAUCAGAAAAUUUAGUUCAAUGUCCUCAAAAUGGAUCUCAACAAUGUCUCAAAAGUAUAAUAUCAUACAAAUCAAGACAUACAACCGUAAGAGGAUGUGUUUCGUCAAAUACAAUUGAUACCUAUUGUAAUUUUAAAGAUUUCUAUCCAGACGCCAAAAUUGAAUGUUUUUUUUGCUCCAGCUAUGGUUGUAAUUCAUCAAUGUGCGUUAAUUUUAAUAUUUUUAUUAUUUUAACAACAAUUUUUAUUGUAUACUUCAAAAAUUUCUAAUGCACUGAAAAAAAAAUUUAUUUGAUUCAAAUAAUCGUUUACUUGAUCGAUUAUUAAUAUUAUUAUUAUUAUUUAUUAAUUAAGCUUCAGCCUUUCGGCCCAGAAGUGGACUUGGUUUAAUACAAAAUUAAAAAAAUAAAAAAAAUUUUAAAAAUGAUCGAUUAUUAAUAUUAUUAUUAAAUAAAUAUUUAUUUGUAACGCACAAA